AUGAGUGAACGGACCAAAGCCCAAGAACGAGUGGCGGCCAGCAGCCAAGUGAAGGAACGAGAUGGAAAUGAAGAUGAAGAUGAAGACGAAGAUGAAAGUGGAAGUCCAGUGGAAGAGAAAAGAGGAGAAGGGGAGAAGCACGCUAGUUCACUGGUUGAUACGAAGUCAGUACGACGUCUCCGCAUCCCCUGA